CGACAUCAACAUUGUUGCACAGCAGCAAAGAGAUGGCGAAGAAGGACAAGAAAUCGGGGGCUGCCAAGAAGGAGGAGAAGAAGGCGCGACAAGAGCUCAAACAGCAAAAGAUAAACAAGAAGAAAGCGUCGAAGGAAGCAAAGGAUGCCGGCGAGGAAGACAUUGAGGCGAUCUUGCAAGAGUUCAUGAAGAAGGACGCUGCCAAAGUCGCCAUUACGAUUGUCCCAUCGCUGCAGCCGUCGCCGCGUGCAAACUUUUCCUUGAGCUCCAUGAUUAACGGCGACUUGCUCAUGUUUGGAGGCGAGUACUUUGACGGCGAAUGCAACGUGUGCUACAACGAGUUAUACCGAUGGAACAUUGAAGCGAACGAAUGGAAGCUAAUCUCGUCACCAAACACGCCACCGCCACGGUGCAGCCACCAGAGCGUCGUGUACCGGGACCAUUUGUAUGUGUUUGGCGGAGAGUUUGCUACGGCCGAUCAAUUCUACCACUACAGAGACUUGUGGCGCCUCGACCUGAAGACCAACUCGUGGGAAUGCCUCGAUGGCAAGGGCGGACCGUCUCCUCGCAGCGGCCAUCGUAUGACUGUGUGGCGCAACUACCUCGUGGUGUUUGGCGGAUUUUACGAAGCGGCCCGCGAGACUAAGUGGUUCAACGAUCUCUUCCUCUUUAACUUUGCCGAUCUCAAAUGGAAAAAGAUAUCGUUUCCAGUGCACAAAGCCACUCCCGCGCCACGCAGCGGCUGCCAGCUCGCAGUGAUGUCCUCGAACGAUACGAUUUUCAUGUACGGAGGAUAUGCCAAGGUGAAGAACGUUGGGGAGAAGGCCGAAGGCAAGGUGUAUACCGACAUCUGGGCGCUGCAUAUGGGCCCGAUUAUCAAGUCGCAAGACCCUACUUGGGAAAAGCUGUCGCGAAAAGGCCACGCACCGUCGCCCCGAAGUGGCGCGACGAUGACAGUGUACAAGAACCGCGCGAUUCUGUUUGGCGGUGUGUUUGACGAGGAAGGUCGGCGCCACGAGCUCAAGAGUGUCUUUUACAACGACAUGUUUGCGUACGACAUGGAGCGGAAGCGGUGGUACGAGUACCGCCUUCGCAACAAAAAAGAGCCAGGGGCAAAGCGCCGGAGGAUGAAGACCAAGGUCGGCGAUGCUGUCGAUGAAGACGACGAAGGCGACGACACUAGCGAGUCAGACGUUGCAAGCGACAACGAAGGCAGCGAUGGAGAAUCCGCAAUGGAAGAAGCAAAACGGCUCAAUCAGUUUGGCUACGUCGGUGCGGACGGCAACAUUGUAUAUCUCGAGGACGACGACGAAGAAGAAAAAGACAACGAAGGGGAUGGCGAGAUGCCAAAGUUCCCGACCGAGUUGGCGGAUGACGAAGAGUCCAAGGACGAGGAGGCCAACGACGCGGUCGUGGAGCCCGUCGUGGUCGUGCCUCCAGUGGCUACUGAACAACAAAACGACGUUUUUCAAACAGAUAAAGAGCAGCCGCCGCAAGUGGCCGUCCGCAUGCCUUUGCCUCGUAUCAAUCCGGCGUUAAUUGUACGAGGCAACACGUUCUUCGUGUAUGGCGGUGUGCUGGAAGACGGCGAUCGGGAAAUUACGCUGGACGACUGCUGGUCUCUCGAUUUGAAGCGCAUGGACGAGUGGGUCGAAGUGUUGCCAGGCACGAUGGCCGAGCAGCUCUGGAAGGGCGAAGUGAGCGAUACCGAAGACAGCACGUACGACUCGGAUGAUGACGACGACGAAGAAGACGAAGAGUUUACAGAAUACAUUGAGCCUGUCGACGAAGGAGAUGAGGCCGACAAACCGCCGGCACCGAGUGAGGCAGCGCUAGCCGUCGCCCGCGGCAUUGAUGUUCUCGACGGCACUUGCGAAGAGACCAAGAAAUCCAAAAAGAAGAACGACCGAAAAGCGAUUCGACAAGAGAUUGAAACCUUGCAGGACCAGCUGCAGCUCGCGGACGAGACUCAAACGCCGCUGCCCGGGGAGAACCUGCGUGACUUUUUUGCUCGCACGGCCAAGCAUUGGGCAACGCAAGUUGCGCAGCUCCCAGAUACGUUCGAGCGGCAGUUGAGUGUCAAAGACAUCAAACGCGAAGGAUUUGCCCUCGCCGAAGUGCGGUACAACGAACUCUUGCCCAUUUUGGAGCGGCUGAAUGAGCUCGAAGCCGAGCAAAAAAGAGCCGAAGAGGACCAAAAGGACAAAAAGACUGCCAAGAAAGGCGGCCGCGAUGCGUCCAGCCGGCGUUAACGUUUGUUCUAAUUCACUUGGCAGCACUAGAACACCCGUUAAGUUGGCAGCAACCUCCUUCUCUU